AUGUUACAAUUGACACCGAAUUGUUACAAAUUAAAACUUAAGAUUUUAUCUUCCAUAGAAUCUAAUGAAAACUUUCAAUAUUUAUCAAAGAAAAACAAGGUUCAAGAUGUAUUAAUAAAAUUAUGUACAUUUGAAGAUAUUCAAUUCUUAAUAAAACUUUGUUGUCGAUUAGAAUAUCUUCAUAUAAAUGUAUCUGACAAGGGUUCUCAAUCAAUUAUUAGUCAUGUUUUAGAUAAAAAGGAAAAGAAUCCUUAUUUACAUUUAUUAAAUAUUCAAAGUUCAAGUGAUCUAUGGGAUGAGGAAAUUAUUAAUUCCACAACAACUGUUCGACAAUCAAAUGAAGUUUCUUAUGAUAUGAUGGACAUGAUAUUCAUAAAAUAUCUUUAA